GGAAGUACUCAAAGAAGCAAAGAACUCAAAGAGUAAACCAAACACGGGAGAAUCAGGAUGCAUCUGAAGACUUUCUUACUAAAGUGCUUGAUCAAGGCGUAACCAGACCAGGAUUGACUCCAAGUCCUCACUGACACCAGGUCCUAAUGUCCUUCCUUCUCUUUUGGGUGAGGCUGUUUGGAGUGUGCUACGUGAUGCAGCAAUGGAUUCCCGAGUGUGCCUUUGCUUUUUUGCCUGCUUGACUUUUGUGAACUCUGCAUCAGCCCUCAGUCCAAUAUGGUUCUCAUUUCCAGACGAAACAGUAGACAUCCAGGACUCAUAUCUCAUUCAGGAAAAGGGAAAAAAUGACGUGAAAGCAGCUAUGAACAGCUUUGAACAGUACCUAGAAUCAGGGUGCCCUUCCGUCGGGAGAGAGAAAGUCAUGGAGAAUUUGGAGGAGACCUUGAUGAAAGUCGAUCUGAGUGAGAAUCUCACUACGGUUCAUCCUGAUGUUCAAACAUUAAUAUUCAUGAUAAACCCCACUGAAUUCAAAGGGAUGACUAUCAGGAGUGAGGACUUACUGGAGUACAAUGAUUCAAGGACAAGACAGAGCCGACAUUCCAUGUAUUUUCCAGAAGCACUCAUGGAGAAGGCCCAAAGCAGGUCUGCAAAGGAGAUGAGGCUGAUCUGCAUUUACCUGAAAGCUUCUUGCCUCUUUCAGGAUAGAAAAAACAGCUCCUUGCUGAAUGAUGACAUCUUAGGGGCCACUCUUGGGAACAUGAGUAUUGCAAACCUCACUCAACCUGUGGAAAUCCGAUUUUGGUAUAAUCAUAAAUUGGUUAAUUCCAGUCUGACCUGUGUUUUUUGGGUGGAAGGAACAGGACAGGACAACCUGGGGGAAUGGAGACGAGAAGGCUGUGAAACCAGCAUCAGCCAUGAGGGUGUUGUUCUCUGCAAAUGCAGCCAUCUCACCUAUUUUGCUGUCCUUCUGCAACUCUCUUCAGACCCUCUGGAUGAAAAGUUACUGACCCCUUUAACCUAUCUUAGUAAUAUUGGCUGCGGAGUCUCAGCUUCAGCUUGUCUGAUCACCAUCCUCUUGUACAUCUUCUCCAGGAAAAUCUAUCACGAUUCCACAACAAAGAUCCACAUCAAUCUUCUGGGAGCCCUUUUCCUUCUCAACAUGUCAUUCCUGAUCAGCCAGCUCUUGGUGAAGUUCCCAUGGCCAUGUAGCACCAUUGCUGCCUUCCUCCACUACUCCUUGCUGUGUAGUUUGACCUGGAUGGCCAUGGAGGGCUUCCAUCUCUACCUGCUGGUGAUCAAAGUCUACAACGCAUACAUAAGCCGUUACCUCCUGAAGCUGGGUGCUGUGGGGUGGGGGUUCCCUGGCUUCAUAAUCCUGAUCAGCUUCCUUAGCAAGAAAGGUAUUUAUGGUCCCUAUACCAUCAUAACCAGCUCUCUGUACAAGAACAGCUCCAUGUGUUGGAUCACCUCUUCCACCUUGCACUAUUCCACCCUUGCUUACGUUGGUGGCACCAUAUUCUUCAACAUGGCUGUCUUGAUUAUAGUGGUGCAGAAACUUAGACAGCUUAGAGCCCACCCUUUCCAUCAGCAUAAGGAACACACCUGCAAAGAUUUGGGAACAGUUCUUGUGGUGACCUGCCUCCUGGGGGCAACCUGGAUAUUGGCCUUCAUGUCCUUUGGGGUCUUCUUAGUUCCACAGAUCUUUCUGUUUACGAUCUUCAAUACGCUCCAAGGAGCCAUAAUUUGUCUCUGGUAUUGCUUGUUACGGUGUCAUUCACCAUCAAGACUCUCAAGUGGAUUUUCUCGUUCAUCUCAAUAACUGCAAUGUCACCUGGUUUGUGAAACCACUGGACCAAAGAAGGUCUUGAGGAUUGCACCCAGAUUCCCAGAAGACAUCUGGGCACUGCUGUCCCAUGCCAUGCCUUGUGGGACACUCUUCCUCCUCACUUGGGUCUGGAAGGAAGAACGUUUUGUCUUCAUGGCAGUAGAAAGAACAAGAAAGUCCUGUGCAAGGACGCCUCCCACUGAAAGACAUUGAAGGAAGACGUCUGAGGCACCAGACAAGGCUCAUGCUUUGCACUAACAAGAUUCUGCCUUGCACUAACAGAGAGGCAGAAUCAGGCCCUAUGACUUCUAUCUCUGCUCCAAACUACAGUCUUGGCCACCCAAUUGGUGUGAGCACUGCUGUUGUAUGGUAAACCAGAAAGUAGAUGAGAAAUGCUAGGUUGGACUUUUUCUUUUCAUAAUUUACAUGCCAAACAUUUCCCCAGCUUGUCUGCAAAUUCAGAGGUUUUUUUUUCUUUGCAUAAUUCAUUUUUCAUUUUCCUUAUUGUACA